AUGUUUUCGGGGAAGAUAGUUAAGCUUGUGCUGUUUGAGCUUCUGGAGUUUGUGGCCUUCAUCAUUCCUACCCUUGUGAUCAUGGAACAGUUUGCCACUGCCUAUCAGAGGACGAGGAGCACGCCUGACAGAACACAUUACUGGCUCAUUGUUUCCUGUUCCAUUGCCUACGUGGCCGCAGUGAGUCUGUUAAUUUGGGUCCCGACAAAAGUUUUCUUAUACAAGAGCCAUCAUCUUUACAAAAAAAUUAUAGGAUGGAGACCUGUUCUGAUGAUGUGUGUAGUGCUCACCACACUUCCCAGCUUUGGCUUCUCUAUAGCUAUGACUGAGGUUCAAAAGAACAUCAAUGGUUCUGCUACUUUAUUGCCCGAGUCCCUGCCUGACCUGCCGGUGUCUCUGGUUCUGUUGUCCUUGAUCCUGGUUGAUAUUAUUGAAAAACUCAGGAUAUACCCUCUGAGAGGGGGGCAAAAGAGUUAUGAAGAUAAUCACAUCCAUACCACGUCUUUGCAGCAGAUCAAAACCGUGACAGCGCAAGUGGGGCAAGGUGAGGAAAACCCCACGUCUCCGCAGGCAGCCAAGCCCACAGCCAGAUCCGGACCACAGAGCCGGGUUCCGGUGGUGGGGGCGCCCCUGGAGCCCUCCUUCCGCUCUGGGAUCCUGGGAGCCAUGUCUAGGAGAGAUGUCCGGGCGGAGUUACUCCUGUGGAGCUUUCUGACGUGGUCGGACACGAUAGAGAUGCUGCGUGUGGCUGGUCACCCCGCUGUGUACAAGUCAGGCUGGCUGUACCCAGUCUACAUAUUCACUUUCAUUUCUCUCCUGCGGAUGGUCUUCACUCCUAGAAACCCUCUUCUCAACUCCCUGGGCAUCCUGCUGCAGGAUUUACCCUUCAUUUUCGUUAGACUCAGUCUAAUAAUUGUCUUAGGAACUAUCACACCCAUACUGGGCCUUUGUAAAAAUGUGCUAGUGACUGCCUCUUAUGUUUACUUCAAUUAUUUAACCAGACUCAGGCCUUUCUCUGCCUUUGAAACAUCUCCAUUUUAA